CGCCGCUGUGACGUCACUGCUCCCAGUGGCCUUCGGGGCUGUGCGCUGUGUUGCUGUUGAUGAGAAUUUAACGGUUUAUUUACAUUCGUUUUUUUGUUUUUGUGUGAGGGGAAAAAAACCAAAAUUGUUACGAAAAUUAUUACAAAAAAGGUUUUGAGGCUGUCAGGAAAAUAAAAAAGCCUAAACUGGAGGGAAAAAUCGCACGAGCGUGAGAUGAAAUGACAACGUCAACAUUACAGAAAGCCAUUGAUCUGGUCACUAAAGCCACAGAGGAGGAUAAGGCUAAGAAUUAUGAGGAGGCGCUGAGACUGUACCAGCACGCUGUGGAGUAUUUCCUACACGCCAUCAAGUAUGAGGCUCACAGUGAUAAGGCGAAGGAGAGUAUCAGAGGGAAGUGCAUGCAGUACCUGGAGCGGGCGGAGAAGCUGAAGGCCUACCUGAGGAACAAGGACAAGCAGGGCAAGAAACCUGUGAAGGAGGCGCAGAGCAAUGACAAGAGUGACAGUGACAGUGAAGGUGAGAACCCAGAGAAGAAGAAACUGCAGGAGCACCUGAUGGGUGCCAUAGUGAUGGAGAAGCCGAAUGUGAGCUGGAGCGACGUGGCCGGACUGGAGGGAGCUAAAGAGGCUUUGAAGGAAGCCGUCAUCCUGCCAAUCAAAUUUCCUCACCUCUUCACAGGUAAGCGGACUCCGUGGAGAGGGAUCUUGCUGUUCGGACCUCCUGGAACAGGAAAGUCGUACCUGGCUAAAGCUGUAGCUACUGAAGCUAACAACUCCACCUUCUUCUCCGUCUCCUCGUCUGACCUCAUGUCCAAAUGGCUGGGGGAGAGCGAGAAGUUGGUGAGGAAUCUGUUUGAGCUUGCUCGUCAGCGUAAACCCUCCAUCAUCUUCAUCGAUGAAGUGGACUCUCUGUGCGGCUCACGAAGUGAAAAUGAGAGUGAAGCAGCUCGCAGGAUCAAGACCGAGUUCCUCGUGCAGAUGCAGGGUGUGGGGAAUAACAAUGAUAAAAUCUUGGUUCUCGGUGCCACUAACAUCCCGUGGGUUCUAGAUGCUGCCAUCAGGAGAAGGUUCGAGAAACGGAUCUACAUCCCGCUUCCAGAUGAGCCGGCUCGGGCCGCCAUGUUCCGUCUCCAUUUAGGGAACACGCCCCACAGCCUGAGCGAGGCCGACCUGCGCCAACUCGCAAGCAAGACCGACGGCUACUCCGGCGCCGACAUCAGCAUCAUCGUCAGAGACGCUCUCAUGCAGCCUGUCCGCAAAGUGCAGUCCGCCACACACUUCAAGAAGGUACGAGGUCCAUCCCGUAGUAACCCCUCUGUGAUGGUAGAUGACCUUUUAACCCCAUGUUCCCCUGGUGACCCUGCUGCCAUGGAGAUGACCUGGAUGGACGUACCUGGAGACAAACUGCUGGAGCCUAUAGUGUGUAUGGCCGACAUGCUGCGCUCUCUGUCCACCACUCGGCCCACGGUGAACGCUGAAGACCUGCUGAAGGUAAAGAGGUUCACUGAGGACUUCGGACAGGAAGGCUGAGGAUCGACAAACACCUGCCCAUCAAUCACACGCAAGCCCCGCCCCUAUGGACUGAGCCCCGCCUCCAAUCUCCCCUCCCCCUUCUUUAACACAUCACUGUACAGCUGGACUUCCUGUGUGCAGUGCUGAACAUGAAGAGCGUUUACUUCUGGACAGUCGUGUGUGUGUGUGUGUGUGUGUGUGUGUGUGUGUGUGUGUGUGUGUGUGUGUGUGUGGCCUGUAGCUCUUACCUUAAGUGGACUGACUGUGUGUGUGUAUUUAUAUGUGUAUAUUAUCACACACACACACUGCACUGCUUAAACUCAGUAUUAGUUAUUUAUUUCCCUCCCCCCGUUUCAGACUGUACCAUUAUCAUCACUGAUCAAACACAUUAAAGCAGCAGAAUAAUAAUAAUAAUAAUAACACCAAUAAUACUCCCUUUACCCCAAAUGUGGUUGAGCUACGAUGCUAAUUCUUUGGAGGAAAGUGACUUUGGGAGAUGGUUCAUUUUGGGCUAAAGUGUCACUAAUGUUCGUCUAACCGUCUCUGGUCGCUCCAGGACGCCUCGCACGCUACACACUACUGACCGGACAGCUACGGCUAAUUAACUGUCUAAAUUAAUUAAGUAAUUAAAUCUGAACUGAAAAGUGGAAAUGAAAAAUGUCUCUCUUUUAUUUUUUAAAAAAAAAAUACAUGGUGAAUUUGUCUUUCCUGAA